AUGUCAGGAAUCCACGAAGCUACCAUGAAGAGCAUCCGCCCCUACAAGUCAAGCGAGCAGUACUUGUAUGCCAUGAAGGAAGACCUCGCAGAGUGGCUGAAAGAACUGUAUGAUUUGGAAAUCGAUGUGGGCUCCUUCUUGGAGAACCUGGAGACGGGCACUGUGCUCUGCCACCAUGCCAACAACAUCACCCAGGUGGCUCGAGAUUUCAGCCAGGAGUACCCAAGCUUGGUCCACAAACUCCAGUUGCCCAUGUGUGAGGUCACCUGUAAUGAGUUGGCUCAGCCAGGCACAUUCCAAGCCCGGGAUAACGUGUCUAACUUCAUUCAGUGGUGUCGGAAGGAGAUGGAUAUUAAAGAAGUCCUGAUGUUUGAGACGGAGGACCUCGUGUUGCGCAAGAACGAGAAACAUUUCAUCUUGUGCCUCUUGGAAGUGGCCCGGAGGGCCUCCCGCUUCGGCAUGAGCGCCCCCAUCUUAAUCCAAAUGGAGGAGGAGAUCGAGGAGGAAAUUCGGGAGGACAUGAAUUUGCCACCGGAGGAACCACCUCUCCCCAGGGCCCAAAGACAACCCCGGAACUUCAAGAACCUAGACCAGAUGGUCCAGCACCUGGUCAGCCGCUGCACUUGUCCAGUUCAGUUCUCCAUGAUCAAAGUGUCCGAGGGGAAGUACCGCGUGGGCGACUCCAACACUCUCAUUUUUGUCCGGAUCCUGCGGAAUCACGUCAUGGUGCGAGUGGGUGGCGGCUGGGACACUCUGGAGCAUUACUUGGAUAAGCACGACCCCUGUCGAUGCACCUCGCUGUCUCACAAGCAGUCUUUGAAGACCACCAGCCUUCAGAGAGCACAAGCUACAAGGGUGCAGCAUGAAAUUACAGCCUGGCUAGCACCCAGGCGAGACAAUCCCAACAUGCCUCAGCCUGCUUUAAUUGUGAGCAGGUCCCAAAGUCCACUGCCCCCAGUGGACUGGAGGACCUACACAGCCCACCUUCUUGGCACGAGUCGGAAGAGUCUGUCGUCUUCGCCUCCCAGUCUCAGUGGCAGCAGCAAGAAGAUUUCAGGAGUCCAGAUGUCCCAGGAGCACUCAGAACCCAGGAGGGUUCGUUCAGCCAGAGUGAAAGAACGACCGGCCGCUUCUUCUCCAGGGCUACUGGCCCCUGAAGAAAAGCCAGCAUCCAAACAGGUUGCCCAGGGUGGAAGAGGGACGUCGCGAGAUCUGUUCUGCCAGCAGAAUGGAAGCACAAGCUUAUAUCCUUCGAAAGCCCUCGCGGAGACAUCACUAGGGAGAGAGGCCAAGAGAAUCCAAACGGCAGAUCUCCAGAAAGAGAAAGCUGAAAAGUUGACACCAUCUGCUGCAGCUACGCAGAGGGACCGUUCAUGUCAGUUGCCAGGAAACGUCCAUCAGGAAGUACAGUGUGGUUCCGCUCAUGUCCGCCCUUCCAGCUCGUCCAAGUGCUUUCAGCCUUGUACCCAGCAGGCUUCUAGGACCCUGCUAGAAAGGUCAACAGGACUGGGAGAAGAAGCAACAGGGCCAGAAGGGUGGUGGAAGGCCCCCCUAACAAAGCGGCCACCUUCCCCAGUAAAACAAGCAUGUCAGGUUCCCAAACAGGACAGCGGCGCUAAGACCUCAGAGAAAGCCAGAUCGACUUUCUGCAGGCCCCCAACUCCUAGUAAGACCUAUCAGAGGGAGCUCUGCUUUCGAAACAGGGAUAAAGACCUCUUGCAAAGUGAACCAGCCACAAAAGAUGGGGCUAGUCCUCACAUGGGAUGGAGCAAGAAUGGCAAUCUAGAGAUCUCUCCUGGUAGAUUUUCUGAUAACUCGAGGGUCAGAAUCUGCAGAACGGACUCUGAACAAAAAGUAAAGGAUUCUCGGGCAUUGUUGAGGGAGGGGGAAGCCCCCAAGGGUCCUUGUGAAGACAGCAGAGGGAGUCACAGAUACCCCAAGGAGAAGGAACGAGCCUACACACCAUUGCCCAUCAACCUGGCUGAAGAACAAGCUCUCUACCAGAGUCUAGAGGAAGAGAUUUUGUCCAAUAUCAAGGAGCUGGAGGCAGAUUCUUAUGGCAGUCCCCAUCCCAAAGAGAACCAGAUGAGAGAUUUUAGGACAGACUGUGGUCUAAGGAAGGAUGCCCUACCCUUCAAUUGUAAUGGCCCAAGGUUGUCCACACACACCCUAUCUUGUUUGCCAAGUGCUAAGAAGGCCUUGGGUUAUGGUGAAGAUGUGCCUCGGAGUGGAGUCUAUGUGCCAGGCUGCGAGGCGAGAUGGCCCCCGGUAGGACUUCAUUAUGACAGUGUCAUCCAAGAGCUGUCCAAGACACUGCGUGGGGAGCCUGCAGAAUCUGAGAGAAAUUCACCUCAGUUAAGCUCAUUGCUGGUGAACGGAGACCUGGCCAAUCAGAUGGCUUUGGAGAGGAGAGCCAUUCAUGAGGAGAAAUAUGUCGUUAUUGAAUCAAAAGGCAAUGAACCAGCUCACAACAGCAAUCAUGAAGGACAUGCAGAAGUCCAUGAAAAUGGCAACACCUUUGAGCCUGAGGUGACAUUUGACAAAGACACUAGUUCUCUAGCAAGUUCGUUAGAGAGCUCACAGCUGCCUCAGGAUAGGCCAAGACGGUCUCUGAAGAAACCAGAACGAGUGCCAUCUAUUUACAAGCUCAAGUUACGUCCCAAGAUCCGACCACGCAGGGACAGCAGGCCUGGGAAGAGGCCAUCAAAGAUCCCCAAACCAGUGGCGCACAAGAAUGCCCAAAGAGCAUCCAGUGCCAAAGCCCAGGUGAAGACCCACAACUCCGAAUGCCCAACCCAGAACUGUGUCACCCACAUAAGGCAAAACACCUCAAGGAAUGGAGGGUGUGUAGAAGAGGUCCCUCAGUACAGCCCAUCCUCUUCACACAGCAGGGAUUCUGGGAGGAAAAUAGUCAAGCCAAAAGGAAAAACAGGGCUAACAGAUGAUGAAGAAUCCUGGGUGUGA